GCGGAAAUUUCCACUGUCGGCGAACUCACUUCAUUCAAACGAUAUCGAGAGGAAGUAUCCCCACUUCGUGCUUUUCGUCAGUUAGACUAGCUAUAUUUUGUGACCCUCCGGGACGCUUACAGACCAAACCAGCUUCUGCGCGCCGCCAUCCGCCCCGAAGUAACCAUGUCCCAGCAGCAGAUCAGUCUUCCAGCCAAGCUCAUUAACGGAGGCGUCGCUGGCAUCGUGGGGGUGACCUGCGUCUUCCCCAUCGACCUCGCCAAGACCAGACUGCAGAACCAGAGAAGCGGUCAGCAGGUCUACAAGAGCAUGAUGGACUGCCUCAUCAAAACGGUCCGAUCUGAAGGUUACUUUGGGAUGUACAGAGGCGCUGCGGUCAAUCUGACGCUGGUCACCCCGGAGAAGGCCAUCAAGCUCGCCGCCAACGACUUCUUCCGUCACCACCUCAGCAAAGACGGGAAGGGACUGACGGUGUUUAAGGAAAUGCUGGCAGGGUGUGGGGCGGGCAUGUGUCAGGUCGUCAUCACCACUCCCAUGGAGAUGCUGAAGAUCCAGCUCCAGGAUGCCGGGAGGCUCGCGGCCCAGCAGAGGAAGCCGGUCGUCAUGGCGGCCACCAAGCUGGGCUCGGCCAACACGGUGCUGAGCCGCUCCUACAACGCCGGCGCCGCCCCUGUGGUCAGGAGGGUGUCUGCAUUGCAGAUCGCCGGGGAGCUGCUGCACACGCAGGGGAUCCAGGGCCUCUACAGGGGCCUGGGGGCCACGCUCAUGAGGGACGUCCCCUUCUCGGUGGUCUACUUCCCCCUGUUCGCCCACCUGAACCGGCUGGGCCAGCCCUCCCCCUCGGAGAACGCCCCCUUCUACUGGUCCUUCCUCUCGGGGUGUGCGGCGGGGUCCACGGCCGCCGUGGCGGUAAACCCCUGCGACGUUGUGAAGACGAGGCUGCAGUCCUUGAGCAAAGGAGUGAACGAGGAGAGCUACAACGGAGUGGUGGACUGUGUCAGUAAGAUCAUGCGGAAGGAGGGCCCGUCUGCGUUCCUGAAGGGCGCCGGCUGCAGGGCGCUGGUCAUCGCCCCCCUCUUCGGCAUCGCCCAGGUCAUGUACCUGGUGGGCGUGGGGGAGUUCGUCCUGGGCUCCAGCCCCUUCAACCUCUACUCCGCGUAGUUUACCUCAGGCUCCGCCCCCGAGCCCGAACGGGACCGGCGGGAGGAGGAAAGAACCAGGACCGCGGCAGCUACAGAUCGCCCGCGUGCGUCCUGCCCAAAAUAACGGGGUGCGGUGACCCGGGGGCGGGGGUGUGAGGUGACCCGGGGGCGCAAGGCGUUAAUCUUCAAAAUGCCUCGGUGCUCCUCUCCGAGCGUCCCAGCGUGGUAGUUUUACACUAAAUGUACACCCCCCCGCCUUCUACACACUUCACCGGGUUAUCUCACAGUUGCACUUGUCAAACGUGGUUGUGGAGGUGCGCGGAGACGAUGGUUUCCAUCUGCCGAAAAAGCUCCUCUGAAGUUUUCCCCUCAGUGAGGGAGGGCAGUCGCUGGCCUCGCUGAACAGGAGGCGCUGGGCCCUGCUUACAUUCCAAACCGGUCUCUGGCUCCCGCCCCUCUGGGCUCAGAGUGGGCCCCGUCCACACUGACCCCGGCCCUGCAGCUAAAGGGAGCGAGGUUUGGAAUUGAACCCUGUUCUCACCCUCCGGUUUAUUAUUAUUAAUAUUAAUAUUAAUAAUUUUUUUUAAAUCAACAUUGUGGAGGUGAGGAGUGAUUCACACUGAAAAUACUACUGCCUCCUUUGAAAGGAUGAUAGGACUGCUCGACCUUUUAGGCAAAACGCCAGUUUUAAACCUUAUCAUUUCAAAUGCAACUGCGACUGCUAUGAGACUGGAGUAGUUAGGCCGAAACGAUACUAUUACAGUAGCCAUAGGGCUAACCAGAGUUAAAUGGUUGCUUU